AUGCAUGUAGCAGAGAAGGGAGAGGGGCCGGUGGUUCUCUUCCUCCACGGUUUCCCGGAGCUCUGGUACUCCUGGCGCCACCAGAUCCUCUCCCUCGCCGCCCGCGGUUACCGAGCCGUAGCCCCCGACCUCCGUGGCUAUGGCGACACCGAAGCUCCGCCAGACAUCGCAGCCUACUCCAUCUUCCACAUCGUCGGCGAUAUCGUCGCCCUUAUCGACUCUCUCGGCGAAGGCCAGGUGUUCGUGGUGGGGCAUGAUUGGGGAGCGCAGGUGGCUUGGAAUCUCUGCGCUUUCCGGCCGGAUAAAGUUAAGGCUCUCGUGAACCUUAGCGUGCCGUUCAUGGAGCGGAAUCCGGAUGUGAAGCCGGUGGAUGGCCUCCGUGCGGGAUUCGGUGAAGAUCUGUACAUUUCUAGAUUUCAGGUUUUCUGAACUUCCGCUUCUGCUUUAUG